AUGUCGCAAGUCCUGCGCAGCGUGAAGAAUGUCACCAAAGGCUACUCCACCGUGCAGGUCAAGGUGCGCAAUGCAACCAGCAAUGACCCUUGGGGACCUACGGGGAGCGACAUGGCAGACAUUGCCCGUAUUACCUUCAAUAGCUCUACCGACUUCUACGAGGUCAUGGACAUGCUCGAUAAACGCCUAAACGACAAGGGCAAGAAUUGGCGACAUGUAUUGAAGAGUCUGAAAGUGCUCGACUACUGCCUGCAUGAGGGCAGCGAGCUGGUCGUGACGUGGGCGCGCAAGAACAUUUACAUCAUCAAGACUUUGCGCGAGUUCAUCCACGUUGACGAGGAGGGGAGAGACGUUGGCGCGGCCAUCCGACACUCGGCAAAGGAGCUGUCAUCGCUGAUCAUGGACGAGGAGCGAAUGCGCACUGAGCGAGCCAACCGAGGCUCGUGGAAGUCGCGCGUUACCGGCCUGGAAGAGUUUGGUGGAUCGGUCGAGGAGCCAGAGACCACGCCUCAGCGCAAAGGCCGGCGCAGGCAUACACACAACACUGCCAGUACCGAUGAUGACGACCUGGAGUAUCGCCUUGCGCUCGAAGCUUCGAAGAAUGAGGCCGAGGCGGAUGCUGCGCGGAGGAAAGGGGGCCAGCCGGUGGAAGACGACGACGAUGAUUUGGCGAAAGCGAUCAAGCUCAGCAAGGAGGAAGAAGAGCUGCGGAAGCGCGAGCUGGAGGAUCAAAACCAGGCGAAUUUAUUAUUCGACGACGCUCCUGCCCAAGCUCCGCAGCCGACGGGCUUUAAUCAGGGCUACCAGCAACAGCAAGCCGUGGAUUGGUUCGGCAACCCGGUUGAGCAACAACAGCAGCAACAACCGCAGCAGACCGGCUACCUCAACAACGCAUACAGUCAACCCACAGGCUUCCAGAACGGUUACGGCGGCGGCUUCGGUUACCAACAACCGCAACAAACGGGAUACGAGCAGAUGCAGCAACCGCAAGCCCAGUUCAUCCAACCACAGAACACAUACAACCCGUGGGCGCAACAGAUGAACGGCUUCGGCCAGCAACAACAGCAACCGAUUCAAGAACAGCCCACCGCGCAACCCGGCUCCAACAACCCCUGGGCCAGCGCCAACAACUCAAUCUCCACCCCCGUCCAAGCCCAACCAACAGGCUCCAACAACCCCUUCGCCGCCCACCGACCCCAAACACAGUCCCCCUUCGCCUCCAAAGCGCCCACCCUCUCCGCGCUACAGGAACAACAAACAGCCCAACAAUUCCAAUCCCGCCGGAAUCCAAUCGCAAACUUCCAUCAACCUCCCAGCUCGCCAGUCCAACAACAACCCACCGCCCUCCAACAGCAACAACAACAGAAACCGCAGGAUCCCUACCAAGCCCACCUAAACGCCCUCCUAGCCUCCGGCGCCGGGCAGGAUACCUUCGGCAAUACAGGCGAAAUGCGCGUCCCCGCCCAUCACACCGCGGGAGCCACCUUUGUCAAUUCCGCCGGGCAGGGGAGUAUGGGCAGGCUGGAGGCGGCGCGGACGGGGAACAAUCCCUUUUAUACGCAGCAGAGUGCGGCGCAGUUUCAGUAUCCCGCGCAGACGGGGCCGGCGACGGCGCAUCCCGGAAUGGGGAUGGGGAUGGGGAUGGGGAGUGCGAAUCCGUUUGGGGCGAGGCCGGGUGGGCAGCCGAUGCAGCAGCCGCAGCAGGGCGCGCAGGGCGGGCAGGGGGUGGGUGGGAGUUUGAUUGAUCUUUGA